AUGCCAGGUUUGGCCCAGUUCACAGCGUGUCUUUGGAUGAAGUCAAGCGACACGAGAAACGAUGGUACUCCGUUCAGCUACAGUACUCCUCGCACAGCUAAUACAAUUGUCUUGUACAAUUACAGAUCUUUUCAGUUUGGCAUUGAUGACAAGUUCAGGUACUGCUCCAUACAAACCUCAGAGACCUAAAUAUUUUGACAAGAACUCCUAUCCAAAGCGAAUUGAUGUUGCUGUCAACUCGAUUGUUGAAAUUCUUCAUGUGCAUGUAUAAAGGGGGCUAAUAUUGUGGCCAUAGUAUCAAUCGACAAGGCAAACCUCCCUUUAGCUAACAGAUGGUGUUGGUUGUUAGGUUUGUUUAGCUUUAUCUAUUUACGAAUCACUGAAGUGAUUUCUCUACACAUGUAAUUCCCUUUAGAACGACCCACGUAUCGGCAAAUGAUGGGAGAUGGCACCACAUCUGUGCAUCUUGGGAAAACAAAUUGGGCUCAUGGAAACUGUACAAAGAUGGAUUUGUGGCUUCGAGCGGGAUUUGGUUCCAGGCUGGUCGCGUGAUAAGAUCUGGCGGAUCUCUUACGCUGGCUCAAGAGCAAGAUUCUCUUGGAGGUUCCUUUGAAAAACAUCAGGGCUUCAUUGGGAUGCUAACAAACGUCAAUGUCUGGAAUUACGUGCUGUCCACAGCACAGAUUAAGCAGAUGUCAAAAGUCUGCCUUCCUGGGCGUGAGGGGAACGUCUAUAAGUGGUCUGAUUUCAUUCAUGGGCGUGAAGGAAAAGCCAGGGUUGUUAUGCCAUCACCUUGCAAACCACAGGCAUUCUGA